GGUGUAUUGAGGUGAGUGGCUAUCCUGCUGCUAGAAUAAGAGGGAAUGGUGCUAGUGCCAGGGGAAGAAGAGGAGGAGGGGGUUGGGGGUCUGGCAGUGUGUGUAUGAGGAAGUAGUGUCAUCAGCUGCUGCACCAGGAGAUGCUUCCUUUUCUCCACCUCCUCCAGCCUGCACUCCUCCUCCCAUACAGCAUACACACACAGAGAAAGGCUCACUCAAUGCAUGUGCUGCUGGAAAUGACAAGUGCUCAUCCCCUGUCUAACAAAAGACACAGCUGAUGUGGAGCCUCUCUCCUCCUGCACCCCCCUGGCUGCCUGACAAAGGAACGCAGCCCCCCUCAACACCAUGCACAGCUCUGCCAGGCUGGACUUUCUCCAUCAUAUUUCUGUCAUUUGCUUUGUUAAUGCACUCACUCCUGGAUGGGUAGAUACCACAUUCCCUUUUACAGCUGCUUGUAAUGGUGAACUGGAGCAACACACAGAACGGAGAGGCGUCAUUUAUAGUCCCGCAUGGCCCCUGAACUACCCCCCUACCAUGAACUGCAGCUGGUUUAUCCAAGGAGACCACGGAGACGUCAUAACAAUUAGUUUUAAGAAUUUUGAUAUUCAAGAUUCUCACAAGUGCACUAUCGACUGGUUACUGAUCGGUCCGUCUUCAAAAAGGGAAGGGUAUAAAGUCUGCGGAUCUACCAUCCCCCCAGCCUUUAUUUCAUUGCGGGAUCAUGUUUGGAUGUUCUUUCACUCAGAUCCCUUGAGUUCAGGGCAGUCUCAGGGAUUCCGGCUGUCGUAUAUUAGAGGAAAAAUGGGACUGACCUCGUGUCUGACCGAUGAAUUUCUGUGUAGCAAUGGCAAAUGUAUCCCGAACACCUGGAGGUGCAAUGCUGUAGAUGAAUGCGGAGAUAACUCAGAUGAACAAAAUUGUACAAAUCCCUCUACCGAGAUACGGACCAGCUUAUGCCCUGUGGGAACGUUCCCCUGCACCUUGGCUCACUCCACACAAUGCAUGUCUAAUGAACUGAGGUGUAAUUCAGUAAAAGACUGCAUGACCGGCACUGAUGAAGAGAACUGUCCCGAUCUUAAGUGUGGAGGAAAGCUCGGCAACUUCUACGGCUCCUUUGCUUCACCAGACUUUUUCCGCCCAGAUCACAGCCGGUCAGAUCUUCGCUGUGUUUGGUACAUAGACACUCAAGACAAUCGCCAUGUCAUUCUUCAGAUCGACAUGCUUUUGGGCUACAGCGACUAUGUGAAAGUGUAUGAAGGAAUCGGCGAGAGGAGCGAUAAACUCUUGCAAACCCUCUCAUUCCGCAAUAACCGGCACACUGUCAGUGCCGAGUCUGCCAAUGGCCAGCUCACCUUGACCUACCACGCACGGCCGAAAAGCAUGGGUCAUGGUUUUAACGCCACUUACCAGGUCAAAGGUUACUGCUUGCCAUGGGAGCAGCCCUGUGGAGUUGAUGACAUUUGUUACUCAGAACGCCAGACUUGUGAUGGUUAUUGGCACUGCCCCAACGGCAAAGACGAAGAGAACUGUAAACCUUGUCAAAGUAACGAGUAUCCCUGCGAGGGAGGAAGCGGCCUGUGCUACUCUUACCUUGACCGUUGCAAUAACCAGAAGAACUGCCCAGAUGGCUCUGAUGAAAAAAACUGCUUCACGUGCCAGCCAGGGAAUUUUCACUGUGGAACCAAUUUGUGUAUCUUUGAAACAUGGCGGUGCGAUGGCCAAGAAGAUUGCCAGGACGGAAGUGAUGAACAGAACUGCCUGGUGAUUGUACCUAGGAAGGUCAUCACAGCUGCUCUGAUUGGCAGCUUGGUGUGCGGCCUACUCUUGGUCAUCGCCUUGGGCUGCGCCUUCAAACUGUAUUCUCUUAGAAGCCGGGAGUACAGGGCAUUCGAAACACAAAUGACCCGCUUAGAGGCGGAGUUCGUGAGACGUGAGGCUCCUCCUUCUUAUGGACAGCUCAUUGCCCAGGGACUCAUUCCUCCUGUGGAAGACUUUCCAGCCGUCAGUGACUCUCAAGUGUCGAUGCUACAGAACAUUCGUACAGCAAUGCGUCGACAGAUGAGGCGACAUUCGUCACGAAGGGCUUCCUCCAGAAGACGUUUGGGGAGACUUUGGAACAGAUUAUUCCAUCGUCCACGUGCAAGAGGGCAAAUCCCUCUCCUGACCUCAUCCCUCCUUUCUCAGACUCGGUACGGGGAAACAGAUUCCGGCAGAAGUGAAGACACCUGGCCGAGCCCGCUAACCCCUCCAGAAACAUCAAAUACACAGACUCAGACUUCCAGUCAAGAGGGAGAAAGUCUUGAUUUGGUCGACAACCAUUUGCAUCCCGACCCUGGAGGUGCGGAGCAGCUUCCGUCAGAUGUCCUGCUGCAGACUUGCUCUGAAGCACACAUACCCCUGGAGACUGAAUUGUCUUCUGCAUUGUCAGACUCUGAAAAUCCUUGCCACAGUUAUUUUAAUCCAGCCAUAAGGGAAGAGCCAGGACUAACUCCCGGAGAGACGUCUUCGGCUGAACUCUUGGACGCUUUUUAUUCUGUGCCUGUAUCGGAAAGGACUUCUGCUGGUCUCAGCAGCGUGACCCAUAGCCAUAAACAAAACAAGGACCCAUUAAAAUUGCCUUUAAAAAACUCUGGCCACUUACACAGCUUAAAGAAUGUCCGAAUUCAGGUGAACGAGCAGUCGCAUGGCUGCUUGUCUUCUUGCCAUGAAGAGCCUUUGGGGGUACAUAACCAUUAUCAACACUCAGUGGCAGUGACAACUCUGCAGACCUCGCAUCCCCUCUCAGAAAGCAGCAGUAGUGAUGACGAAUCCUUAUUAAUUUGCUAAUUACAUUGGUUCCUAUCAGUGGCUUAGGUUUUUGUACUUUUUUGAAAAACAUCAUAUUUGAGCGCGAACCAUAUAUUUUUCUAAAAUACGUGUCCAAGCCCAUGUGUAGAUCUUCUGUGUUAGGGCAGUGGUCUCCUACCUGCGGCUCUGGCUAUUGUAAAGCCACAACGCCCAACAUGGCUGGAGAGUCACAUGUUGAGGAGCACUUCUCCUUCAUAGAGUCAUUGUGUAGAAAUGGUACCUUGUGUUUUCCCAUUGAUUUGGACAGUAUAUAAGCUUUUAAAACCUCAUUAGAUGAAUGAUGAUGGUUUUGGCUUUUCACCCUAGGGGUUCCUUAUAAUUUAUGUUGUAUGGCACUUGGAAGGAACACAAAAUCUGAUAAAAAAAAAAAUAUAAUUUACAUGAAAAACUCAAGUGAAAGGGAAGAGUUUUUAUAGUCAAUGGUUUAGUUGCACUGAAAUCAUUUAGACAUUAAAGGUUUUAAUUGAUAACCCACAAGAGGCUAGGACUGGUCAGUGUCAUAUGAAGGCUUCAAAUAAUGGUCGGCUUGCUUGGCCCACAGCUGUUCCUCCCGACUUCUCCAUACACAUGCCUACUCAGCUUGUAUGUGUUUUCAAUGGGGAGAGAGGAAUACAUUUCUGCCCGCGCCUUAUCUCACCAUCUUCCUCGUAUUUGGUUCAUUUGUUAACAGGUGCCGCUGACUUUAAAGGGGUUGUCCCAUCUCAGACAAUGGGGGCA